CGUGCAAGUUGGCUGCCACGUAGUUGACAUUCCUGCCAUGUAUUUAUUUUAGGUACUGCAUUUUGUGAAAAGGUUUAAAUUAGCCUUUUUUUUCAAAUUAAUUUUGCGAGUAAGUGAGCUAUCAAAAUGAAUAUUUUUUCUAUUUGUUCGAUAUUGCCCUCACUGUUUGUGUUUGUUACCGGGGCGAAACUGCCAGAGCCAGAAGUGAAAAUUGAAGUUUUACAUAAACCCUUCAUGUGUUACCGUAAGUCAAAGUAUGGAGACAUGCUUCUUGUUCAUCACGAGGGAUUCUUGGAAAGUAAUGGCACCCUGUUUUUUUCCAGCCGCGAACAUGGGGAUAAAAAUCCAGUAUGGUUCACUCUUGGGAUUCAAGAGGUGCUCAAGGGCUGGGAUAAGGGUCUGAAGAACAUGUGCACAGGAGAGCGCAGAAAACUGACCGUUCCUCCAUCUCUGGGAUAUGGCAAGGAAGGAAAAGGCAAGAUCCCUCCAGGCAGUACCCUCAUUUUUGACAUCGAGCUCAUGGAGAUCCGAAAUGGUCCCAGGUCGCACGAGUCUUUCCGGGAGAUGGAUCUCAAUGACGACUGGAAGCUCUGCAGAGAGGAGGUAAAAGAGUACCUGAAGAAAGAAUUUGAGAAACAUGGAUAUUCCCCCAAUGACACCAAUCAUGAAGCGAUGGUAGAGGACAUCUUCAAAAAUGAGGAUGAAGAUAAAGAUGGUUUUAUAUCUGCGAGGGAAUUCACCUACCAGCACGAUGAGCUCUAAAAGACUGAUUUCAUCUACUUCUUUAAACUGGUUUCUUGAAUCACUUCUCAAAUUGUGAAUUAGUUACUGGGCUUGCUUUUUUUUUUUUUUACACUGCUGAUGAACAGUAUUAUGUUUCUUUUAGAUGAACAUGUUAUGGAAACUUAGACCCAUACUUAAUUUAUAUCUACAUUCUGCACUGAUAAUGUUACCACAAAUGCCUUUAGGCUCCCCAUUAGAAUUUAUUUUGAUUUACUUUACCUGUGUACUGUAAACAGUCAGCCUUGGUGAUACAGUCUAUGGAUGGUAGUUUUUCUCUGUGUACAUCUUCAUUAUUCACUAGAGGGCACUCUUGUCCUACACUUUUGUAUCAUUUAGACAUUUCAAAACAAAAGAACAACAAUAAAACUGUCAGGGGUC